AACCGCUCUCACAGAAGCAAAGAAAAGGUUGUUUAUUUCUGUCCACAUUUUUUUUUAUGUAGUAAUUGAAGUUCCAAUUUUCAAUGUGAUAGUGAUGAUAGUGAUAGUGAUGAUGAGUUUAUAUAUGUCACAUUAAUGGAACGAGAUUUAAUAAUUCAAGGAGAUGGACGACCAAAAACUCCUAUCUAUCAGCGAUACACAGCUGCUUUACAAAGUGAUCCACGGUGCUCCCAAGAGGUUGCUCUUGGGCGUAGGAUCGGCUUCUAUAGAUUUUGCGGUGAUAUUGGUCGAGGAAACUUCUCACGUGUUAAGCUGGCUGUGCAUCAACUAACCAAAGAUAAAGUAGCAAUUAAAGUUGUUGACACUAGUCGCUUAGAUGCUAAGGCGCUCCGAAUGCUUUCCAGAGAAGUUACUACACUUGAAGCAGUAUUUCAUCCUUUCAUUUUGAGGCUAUUUGAAGUCAUAGAAACUUUAGGAAAAAUUCACCUCGUUAGUGAAUGGGUUCAAGGUGGCGAGUUGUAUAAUAGAAUUGCUGAAGUAGGCCCCUUAGAAGAAUACCAUGCAGCAUUAAUAUUUUAUCAACUAUUAAUGGCAGUGAAAUACCUGCAUAGCUUGGGCUACGUUCAUCGUGACAUUAAAGCGGAAAAUGUGCUAAUGAUAAGCGAUGAGAGAAUAAAAUUGGCAGAUUUUGGAUUUAGUACUCAACUAAUUAAUGGUCCGUGGCAACAUCUAGAUACGUUCUGCGGAUCUCCACCAUAUGCAGCACCAGAAUUAUUUAGUGAUGAUCACUAUAUAGGUGGUCCUGUCGACAUUUGGGCAUUAGGAAUAUUAUUAUAUUUUAUGCUUCAAGCAAAGAUGCCAUUCAAAGCCUCAACAGUUCCACUUUUGAGAACAUCGGUGUUAAAAGGUGAAUUUGAUAUAUCUACAUCCAUAAGUUUACCGUGCUGCAGGGUAAUACAACGCAUACUAGUACACUCGCCAUCCCGACGACCCACAAUUGAACAGCUAUUGAAAUGUCAAUGGUUUGAGCACGCACAAGCAACUACCAUCAAAAACACUCAUAGAAAAGACUCCACCACGAAUAGCCAAGAUAGUGAUAUUAGUGAAGUUCCUAAUCGACGUAGAAAUUUGUUUUCGUUGUUUUCCACUAGAGGCCAACGUCGACAAUAUAAUCCACCACAGUCAUUUAAUCAUAGAAACACUGUAGCUGCCAACCAAUCUGAAACAAACAUACCAACGAUACACACUAUCAAAUGUAGCACUAAACGCGCAAAUAGUGUUUUAGAAGAGAGCUUUUUAUAUCCUAUAAUCGCAGAAGAUACUCAAAUCAAAGAAUUAGAUUCCAAUACCGCGAAACAAAAUUGUGAUAGUAAGAAUACUACAUCUAGCAAAAUUCGUAGGUUUUCGUUAAGUAAAGUCGUGAAAAAAAGAAUAAGUCCAGUAGAAAUCUCAAACUCGAAUAAUAAUGAUGAAACAAACACAAAUAUAAAGAAACUAGAUUUCAGAGACCAUUUACAACAAAUAAUUGAAGAUGAACAUGGAAGACAUGUAAUGCAUCCAACCAUCAACGGUCACAUGCAUCUAUUAGAAUUGGAAGCACGUAAGGUUAUGGGGAAACUAGGUAUAUCGUCCGAAAUGGUAGAGAAAUCCGUAGGAAACGGGCCACGGAGUGAUAUCAUAGGAAUUUAUCGAAUAACGGUAAAUCGUUUACAAAAAGAACAAGCCAUCAAUAGCAUAUCCAAUAAUGAAUACCAUGGAGGCUCUAGACAAAAUAUUCGUUUUAGUAAGCACCCGGCAAAUAAUGAGAAGAACAGAAAUCAAAAAACUAGAAUCCGGUAUGCAAACACUUUGAACUGUGCCAUACUAUAGAAAAUAUCGAUAUUGUUGUUCCUUACACUUUUAUUU